GAAGUUGCUGUAAGUGCGCUGCUGGACCUGUACACUACAUUCACUCGCUUUCAGUUCGCUGUGAGCCGGAGCUCAGCUCACACCUAUACACUACGAACAGCCGCUUGUUGCGUUUCUAAAGUACGCCGGGAGACCUAUGCUAUAUACAUUGAUUGCUUUUUAAUCAAACUCGCUGCGACGUUUCAUCGGACACUUCAUCAGAGCUCAAAUUGUUAGUACGCAUACAGUUUUAGGGGGGUGACUGCAUGCGUGCAACCUUCUGGAUUCUGUGCAUUGGUUCAUGAUAGUAUUUUUGUGAUGGUUUAUGACUUGCAAAUAUUGCAACAUGUUGAAAUAACAGCAAACAGGAGCAGCAACUGGAUCUCAUAUGAGACUUGCCGGAGAUAUUGAGUGAGUGUGCUUUCUUAAAGUGGGAUAACUGACGAGUCUUUUAGGAAAUAAAGCAGGUUUAUAAAGUGCGGUGUCAUCAGUGUAAUGCAUAAGUGUAAUUACAACCCAUAAUAAUGACGUGUGUGCUGUGAUCGCGCGCUUUCGCGGGCAUCAUGCGCAGCAGCUGCAUUUAAACUGCUGUUAAUGAAAAGCGCGUUAUUUAGCGGGAACUUUCGACUGGACUGGAAUGUACGUUUGCUAACUGUCAGCGCUCGUGAGUUAAACUUGCGGAGAGAGCGGUAUGGACGCCGGUGGAUGUGAAGCCACAGAGAGACAGUUCCCAGGUCUGUCCAAAGAACGCAGACCUGCCGGGAGACACAACACGGCGCUGAAAGAGGAGGAGGAGGACAGUGUUUACUCAGGAGGCGACCGUUCCCGUAAAGACACAGCGCGUUCCCGCUCAACAGCACUUCUCACGCGCGUGGACAAGAAUGCCAUCAUGUGUGAUCUUAAGAGCGCUUCUUCUUCCUCUUCCAUGAUUUUUACACGUUUCUCCGGGAGGAAUGUCAGCGGGAAUGGGAAGAGAAAGUUUGCGGUGUGCACUUGGAGUUGGUGGGCGUUUUUCUGCAUGCACGUCCACGUGUUGAGAGCGGUCACGCAAGGUGAUGUGGCCCCCUACUUCAAAACGGAGCCGGGACCUCCAGAGAUCCACCUGGAAGGGAAUCGUCUGGUCAUGACCUGCCUUGCGGAGGGCAGCUGGCCUCUGGAGUUCAAAUGGAUGCUCAACAACACCGAUAUCACAGCCUUCUCCCCUGAGUACAAGUACACCAUCUCCUCUCUCCAGCGCUCCAAUAUGGGUGUUUAUCAGUGUGUGGUGAGAAACAGGAUGGGCGCUCUGCUUCAGAAAAAAGCCGAGAUACAAGUGGCAUAUAUGGGCGACUUUAUCGACAAUGACCAAAGAAAGACGGUGAGUCAGGGCCGGGCCGCCAUCCUCAACUCCCCAGCGGUCAGUUGUUUUCCGCGGCCGCAGGUGACAUGGUUCAGAGAUGGCUACAAGAUCAUUCCAAGCAACAGAAUAGCCAUAACGUUGGAGAACCAGCUAGUGGUGCUGGCCACAGCCGCGUCGGACGCCGGGAGGUACUACGUCCAGGCCGUUAAUGAGAAGAAUGGAGAAAACAAGACAAGCCCAUCUAUUUACCUCAAUGUGGCAGAUUCAGAGGCUCCGGCGGACCCUGUGGCUCCAGUGAUUGUAAUCCCACCCCGAAACACGACCGUUGUGGCUGGGAUCAGCGAGGCCACGCUGGAGUGUGUAGCUAAUGCACGUCCGGUUGAGAAGCUGAAUUUGGUGUGGAGGAGAAACGGUGUGGAAGUGGCGAGCGGCGUGGGCUCUUUUGGCCGACGACUGACCAUCAUCAACCCAACGAGUACGGACGUAGGCAUGUACGUGUGUGAGGCCUUGCUCUUGGACAGCAGCGUAAAACCAGCAGAAGCCAGAGCAUUCCUCUCCAUCACAGAGGCGCCCUAUUUCACCGCCGAGCCCAGGAGGAAGAUGAUGGGAGAGGUGGAGAAGAGCGUGGAUAUCCAGUGCCAAGCUCGAGGAGUGCCUAUGCCCAAGCUGGAGUGGUAUAAAGACGCUGUGCCCCUCAAUAAGCUCAACAACCCCCGCUACAAGAUCAUCUCCAGCAUGGGCCUUCAGGUCAGAAAGCUGCAGCCCAGCGAUGCCGGAAUCUUCCAGUGCUUCGCCAGAAACUCAGCCGGAGAGGCUCAGGUCCACACCUACCUGGAUGUCACCAGCAUGGCUCCAGCCUUCACCGCGCCGCCGCUCGACAUCACUGUCACAGACGGAGCAGUGGCCGCAUUCACCUGUCGCGUUUCUGGAGCCCCCAAACCUGCCAUCGUCUGGAGGAGAGAUACUCAGAUCCUGGCCAGCGGUUCAGUGCAGAUUCCACGUUUCACCCUACUGGAGUCUGGCGGUUUGCAGAUUCAACCGGUGGUGCUGCAGGACACGGGGAAUUACACCUGCUACGCCGCUAACUCUGAAGGAGCGAUCAAUGCCAGUGCCUCCCUCACUGUCUGGAGUCGCACAUCCAUAUCCAGCCCACCCACAGACAGACGUGUCAUCAAAGGGACCACAGCCAUUUUGGAGUGUGGCGCAACUCACGAUCCGCGUGUAGGGGUCAGGUACGUGUGGAAAAAGGAUGAGGAGUUAGUGAGCCACUCCAGAGGGGGGCGUAUCAGCCUGCAGGAGGGCUCCCUGCACAUCAGUCAAACCUGGUCUGGGGACAUCGGCAACUAUACAUGUGAUGUCAUCUCUGAGGCCGGCAACGAAUCCAAGGAGGCUCGUCUGGAGGUCAUAGAGCUGCCACACUCGCCUCGAAACCUACAGGCCAGCUUGAACGCCAACGACAGCCGUAGUGUGGACCUGUCCUGGAUGAGACCCUUUGAUGGAAACAGCCCACUGCUGCAUUAUGUGGUUGAGCUCUCAGAGAACAAUUCUCCGUGGAGAGUGUAUUUGCCUGACGUGGACCCCUCUGGGACUGGAGCGAUGGUGAAGGGCCUCACGCCUGCCCGCUCGUACCAGUUCAGGGUCUGCGCUGUCAAUCAGGUGGGCAAGGGCCAGUACAGCACUGAAACCAACAGACUGAUGCUGAGAGAGGAACCGCCCAGCGCUCCGCCCAAGAACAUUGUAGCCAGCGGCAGAACCAAUCAGUCCAUUAUGGUGCAGUGGCAGCCGCCUCCAGAGCCACAACUCAAUGGAGUCUUGAGAGGCUACGUCCUCAGGUACCGGCUCGCGGGGCUCCCUGGAGAGUACCAGCAGAAGAACAUCAGCAGCCCUGAGAUCAACUACUGCCUGAUCACAGAGCUCAUCAUCUGGACCCAGUAUGAGAUUCAGGUGGCCGCGUACACCGGGGCAGGCCUGGGCGUCUUCAGUCAGCCUGUCACUGAGUACACGCUGCAGGGAGUUCCUACAGCGCCACCACAGGGUGUGGAGGCUAAAGCAGUGAACUCAACCACCAUUGAAUUUUCCUGGAAUCCACCGCCUCAACAGUUCAUCAACGGUAUUAAUCAAGGUUACAAGCUGAUGGCAUGGCCUGAACGCUCUCCAGAGGAGGUUAUCGUGGUGACCAUUACCCCUGAUUACCAUGGUACACGUCACCUCGGGUACAUCAGCAGCCUGAGGAAGUUCAGCUGGUACUUGACGUCAGUGCUGUGCUUCACCACACCAGGGAACGGACCCCGCAGUGCCCCCAAACUAGUGCAGACUUUCGAGGACAUUCCAGGGCCUGUCGGUCGCUUGAGCUUUACCGAGAUUUUGGACACGUCUCUGAAAGUGAGCUGGGAGGAACCGGUGGAUAAAAAUGGCAUCGUUACUGGUUAUCUGGUGUCAUGGGAGGUUCAGGGAAACAACCAGUCGCGAGUGGCACGUAAUUUGGCCAACACCACAUUGGACUACAAGGUCACGGGUCUGACAUCUCUUACCACCUACACACUGGAAGUGGCCGCGAUGACGGAGGCGGGCGUAGGAACUGUGACUUCAUCCACCAUUUCGUCUGGAGUGCCACCAGAGCUUCCCGGGCCUCCAUCGAAUCUGGUUAUUUCCAAGAUCAGUUCACGAUCUGCUACGCUCAAGUUCCGCGCAGGGGAUGAUGGGAAGACAGCCAUCUCCAAGUGGAUCGUUGAGGGGCAGGUUGGCAGCAUUGGUGAAGACGAAGAGUGGAAGGUGUUGUACGAAAAAGAGAACGACCCUGAAGCUCAGAUGCUGGAGGUUCCCAAUCUCACCCCCUUCACACACUACAGGUUUCGAAUGCGCCAGGUGAAUAUCGUGGGUCCGAGUGCAGUAAGUGUGCCGUCCCGAGUCAUUCAGACCCUGCAGGCUCCUCCAGAUGUGGCCCCUAGCAGUGUGACUGUGCGGACAGCCAGCGAGACCAGCCUGUGGCUACGCUGGGUGCCUCUGCCAGAGAGCGAGUACAAUGGAAACCCGGAGAGCGUGGGCUACAGGGUGAAGGUGAUGCGGGCAGACCUGCGGGGUGAAGCCAGCACACGACUGCUGAACGACAGGCUGGAGAGAGAGAUCACGCUCGAGGGAUUGGAGGAGUGGACAGAGUACCAGCUGCAGAUCCAGGCCUUCAACUCCAUAGGCUCCGGACCCUGGAGUGAAAGCGUCAGGGGACGCACACGGGAGUCAGUGCCAUCAGGGGCUCCGGAAAAUGUGACGGCAGAGGCCAUGAGCUCCAGUCGCAUCCUGGUGACCUGGGGUCCUGUUCCCGAACACGAGCAGAACGGCAAUAUCCUUGGAUACAAGGUUCUGUUCAAAGAGAAAGACUCCGAUUCAGAGGCACAGGUGAACGUGGUGAAAGGGAAUCUGACACAGUCUGUCUUGCUGAGGAGCUUGCGGAAAUACGUCCAGUACGAAAUACAAGUUUUGGCUUUCACACGAAUCGGUGAUGGGCAACUCAGCAACCCCCCGGUGCUGGAGAGAACCAAGGAUGACGUUCCUGGACCACCCAUGAGACUUGUGUUCCCAGAGGUGCGCCUGACAGAGGUGAGGGUGGUCUGGCAGCCGCCUGUGGACCCCAACGGCAUCAUAAUGGGAUACCAGGUGGCUUACCGUCUGGAUUCUGGAGAUCCCAACCAGUUUAUCACAAUAGAGGUGGGCCCUGAUACCCGCCAGUUCACCGCCUCCAGCUUGACCCCAGAGUCGGCCUACAUCUUCCGCAUCUCCGCCAAGACGGAGCAGGGCUGGGGAACGCCUGCACAGGCUGUGGUCAUAACUACUGAGAUCAGAGAGCGCCCACAGCCUCCGCGCCAGCUCAGAGUGCCACAGGACCAUGUACAGUCCCGCAAACUGCUGCUCAACUGGGUCCCAGGAGGCGACGGCUCGUCCCCUGUCCGCUACUUUACACUACAGACCCAAGAGCUGCCCAGUGGAGACUGGAUCACCCAUUCCUCCGCCAUAAGCCACAAUUACAGCUCCUGGGAGGUGGACAGGCUGAAACCCUUCACUUCAUACAAGCUGAGAAUGAUGGCGACUAAUGACGUCGGAGACAGCAAGUACAGCCAAGAGACGGAUGCAAUUACCACUUUACAAGAUGUUCCUGAUGAAGCACCCAUGAUUCAAUCCGUGAAGCCCUCCACGACGACAUCUGUGCUGGUGCAGUGGCAGACGCCCAAGGAGGAGAGUGUGAAUGGGGUUCUGGUGGGCUAUCGGCUCUACUACCGUGAGCUGCAGUAUGACAGCACUCCGCAGGACUCAAAGCGGCCCGUCAACAGCUCCCUGCUGCGCACCGAACUGACAGCCAAAAGCACUGUGAAGACUGUCAGCAAUCCUUCAUUAACCGAAUUCGAGCUAACACAGCUGCAGAAAUACAGGCGCUAUGAAAUUGUGAUGACCGCCUACAAUGUCAUUGGUGAAAGCCCUCCAAGUGCUCCGGUGGAGGUGUUUGUUGGAGAAGCAGCCCCCUCAGUGGCCCCGCAGAACAUCCAGAUCAACACUUUGUCAUCCACUCAGCUGGAGGUGCAGUGGGAGCCUCCACCCGCUGAGACCCAAAAUGGCAUCAUUCAGGGAUAUAAGAUUCUCUACUGGGAGAUGGACAGUCAGAAUGAAACGGAGAGAGUGAAGAUCCUCUUCCGACCAGAAACCAACAUGAGGUUAAAAAACUUGACCAGCUACACGUACUACAUGGUCAAACUGUUGGCCUUCAAUGCUGCAGGAGACGGGCCAUUCAGCGAGCCCAGGAGGGGACGCACUCUUCAGGCAGCACCCAGCGCCCCCAGCUUCAUCAGUUUCUCUGAGGUGACCAGCAGCACUCUGAACGUGUCCUGGGGUUUCCCUCUGUCUCCCAACGGUGUGGUGGAAGGGUACAGGGUGGUGUAUGAACCCACCGCCCCUAUUCAAGGUGUGACUAAAGUGGUAACGGUGGAUAUUCGUGGCAGCUGGCAGCGUUGGCUGAAGGUGCGUGACCUGACCAAAGGCAUGACCUAUUGCUUCCGCGUGCAGGCCAAGACUAUUGCCUACGGGCCUGAGGCAGAGGCCAAUAUCACAGCGGGUCCUGUCAAAGGAUCUCCCGGAUCACCUGUAGAAAUGUCAAUCACGAAGACAGGAUCUAUGCUUAACAUCCAGUGGACAGCAGGGGAAGCAGGAGCAGGACAUGUGACGGGUUAUGUGAUUGAAGCACGUCCCUCAGAUGAGGGGUUGUGGGAUACGUUUGUGCGACACCUGCCUCCCACCAGCACCUCUCACUCUGUGAGUCUCGACCGUCUGCGGCAGGGAAUCAGUUACCAGUUCAGGGUGCUGGCCGUCAAUGAGUUUGGCUACGGUGAGCCGAGUGCGCCCUCUGCUGCCAUGUCAGCUCAAGUGGACACCCCGUUUUAUGAGGAGUGGUGGUUUCUCAUUGUGCUAGCACUGUGUGGCCUGAUUCUGCUGCUGCUGGUGGUUUUUGGCCUUGUCCUGCAUGGACAGAACAGAAAGUACAAGAGCUGUGGAACAGGUAAAGCUGUGUCCACGGUGGAGGAGACGGUCACGCUGGACAACGGAGGAUUCACGGCUCUGGAGCUCAACAGUAGGCCUGUUCAUGUGAAGGGCGUCUUCUUGAGGAAGAAUGGCACCAGAUCUCCUCCACGACCAAAUCCAGCCGGCCUGCGCUAUUCAGACGAAGACAUCUGUAGCAAUUACAAUGGCGUGGUUUCCACUGAGAGCACUGCGCUGACGGAGAGGCCUGCAGAAAUGUCUGAGUCUGAGGCCACAGACAGCGAGUGUGAAGAGGAGCCCAUCAAACACUCGUUCGUGAAUCACUACAUGAGCGACCCGUCGUACUUCAACUCGUGGAAGCGGCAGCAGAAGGGGCUGAAGCAGACGCUGGCCUGCUCCUACGAGGAGUGUGCCAGCGGGGACAACGAGUCCUACUAUCAGACAGUGGUGACGCAGCACAGUGUCGGUGGGGUCUACACCCCUGCCGGCCAGCCUGCGCCAGGCUCACGAACUCCCGUCACAGGCUUCUCCUCAUUCGUGUGACGCACAGAACCACCCGCACCCCUCUUUGUGGCUCGGACAACAUAGUUGCAGAGGAUCUCCUCUGAUUUGGCACAGCACUAUCAUCACGAGCACUACAAGAGAGACAUCACGUGUGAACGAACGCUCAUCGAGUUGCUGGAUUCUGAAUGUCCUCGAUUAGCGAUCAUUAUUCAGAGGAGAAAAACAACAAGAAAAAAGAUUUUUAUACACCAAUACCGAAGAGUUACUGUCACUGUACUGUGUCCCUCCUCAUGUCUGCAGCCUUGGUUGUGAAAGAUGCAUAAAUGUCUGUGGUUUUUAAUAAGCAGGACUCACCGGUCGAUGUGAUGAGACACAUAUACAAGCGUAACAUUCCUGCCCCAUCACAUUGAGAUGAACAUGAGGAAAAGGCGAAGUGGAAAAACACACUGUAAUUACUGUAUACUCUUGUCUGAAUGAUUUCAUCUCACCGUCAGUGUCCCUAUAUAUACAUGUUGCACUCGAGGUCGCAAAGGUCAUGAAAUAUAAAUCUUCUCUACUGGAUUUGAUUCAUGCAACCUGGAUAAUGAAGCACGGAUGUUUCCAGUAUAUUCUUUUAUAGACUCACCAGCAAAAAAAAAAAAAAAACCUACAGAGGUUAUUAGAAAUGGUCUGGUUUUCUGCCUGGACGGUGAGACAGUGCCAGAUGUGUUGUGAUUUGUGCCAUUGCUCAUUCUCACACACAUAUCAACAUUCAGUUUUUUUUCUAAUGGCUUUUACUUUUGUUCCUGUCUGUUCGGCCUCGCUUAGGAACUGCAAACACUCACUUGAAAUUAUUUAAUGAUCGAAUGUAUGACUUGUGUGUGAGGAGAUCAGUAUGCAGUUGCUUUGCACAUACGUUCUGCACUCUUGAGCCAUAAAUAUUUGAGUUUCCUCCUUUACUUCAGUAUGAUCGGAUCUUUGCUUUUAUUUUAUUUUUUAACAGGCUUGUAAAAAGUGUAAUUUCACAGUGCGAUUUUAGAGUUAAUUUGUUUUGUCGUUCGCUAUAGUGUUCUUCAGAAGUGACGUACAGUAGUUCUGUUGUACUUUCAUGAGAAGUAUGAAUUUUUGCAGUUCUUGAAAAUGCCAACACAACAAAUACAGUAAUCAAACAAGAGUGUACUGUUAUGGAAAUGUUUGUUUCAGUCUCACCAAGUGUUUUAGCACAAGUGUAUGUCAUGGACGUUCAUGAAGUAAAGAUUUUUUAUGAUAAA